GCUUGCAAAUUUUAGAUUUAAUCCCAACACGCCUUCUGUUGCAUUAGGAGGAUGGGUUACUUUAGCGUUCUCCUUUGACUACAUUAACGCAGACGUUUAUAUGUCUAAAUUAGUAUUUUUUCAGUCCAAAUAGGAGCGUAUACAUGUACAUAAUAGACACAAACGGGAUUUUGGGUUAAUUUCUCGCCAUUCUGUUUAACUAGCCGCACUGACUCGAUGAUUCUGAGCGUGAUUUGUUUGGUCUGGGUAAAACGCGGCUUGUUUGACAGAUGGGAAGUGGCUCAACAUGAAGGAGUUUCACUUAUUUACUUCUAAAUCCAAGACCAAACUGUACCAAAUUCAGAAACUUUUUUGACUUUUACCGGAAUAAUGGCGUCUGUAAUGGAGGAUCCUACACUUGAGAGACAUUUUAAAGGUCACAAAGAUGUUGUUUCCUGUGCCGACUUCAGCCCUAAUAAUAAACAGCUUGCUACUGGAUCCUGUGACAAGAACCUUAUGAUCUGGAACCUCACUCCUAAAGCCAGAGCGUUCAGGUUUGUGGGUCACACAGAUAUCAUUACAGGUGUCCAUUUUUCUCCAAGUGGUUCCUUGGUGGCAUCUUCAUCCAGAGAUCAAACAGUUCGACUGUGGACGCCCAGCAUAAAGGGAGAGUCGACUGUGUUCAAAGCCCACACAGCGAGCGUUCGAAGCGUUCAGUUCUCCAGCGAUGGCCAAAGGCUGGUCACAGCUUCAGAUGACAAGUCUGUGAAAGUGUGGGGUGUCGAACGGAAGAAAUUCCUCUACUCUCUCAACCGGCACACCAACUGGGUGCGCUGUGCGAGGUUUUCACCAGAUGGUCGUCUUGUUGCUUCCUGUGGUGAUGACAGGACGGUUCGCCUCUGGGAUAUAUCCUCACGUCAGUGCAUCAACAUUUUCACAGACUACGGAGGGUCAGCAACAUUUGUGGACUUCAAUUCCAGUGGCACGUGCAUUGCAUCAUCGGGAGCGGACAACACAUUAAAAAUCUGGGAUAUUCGUACAAACAAGUUAAUACAACAUUACAGAGUUCAUAGUGCAGGGGUCAACUGCUUUUCCUUCCAUCCAUCCGGAAAUUAUCUCAUCAGUGGUUCAAGUGACAGUACAAUGAAGAUCUUGGACCUCCUGGAGGGGAGGCUCAUUUACACCCUUCAUGGCCACAAGGGUCCAGUGGUGGCUGUGGCGUUUUCUCGAGACGGAGGUCUGUUUGCUUCAGGAGGUGCUGAUUCUCAGGUUCUGAUGUGGAAGACCAACUUCGAUUCGCUGAAUUACAGAGAUCUGUUGAGCAGGCACAGCAAACGAGUCACUCCAGAUCCCCUUCCACACCUGAUGGACAUUUACCCUCGAUCACCUCACCGACACAGUGCUCAGAAUGGCACAGUAGAGAUUAAUCCCAUUGUUGCUGAUACUCAGUCUGGUGACCCUCAGGUGGUUGAAGUGGGACGUGUUCUUUUCUCCACAGCGGAUGUAAGAAGCCAUGACAGUGCAACAAGCGGCAGAGAUCGGCCCAUCUCAGGUCCAGGUCGAACUCAUAUGCGACACCGAGAAGAGGAGGAUGAAGACCAAGAUGAAAGGUUUGCUGGCAGCAUGACAGCAUCUAGAGAGGAGCGCUCAGGUAUCCCAUCAAGCCUUGCUAGCACUCUGGAGAACAUUGUGCAGCAGUUGGACAUCCUGACCCAGACCGUUGCUGUCCUCGAGGAACGUCUUACUCUGACCGAAGACAAACUGAGGACAUGCUUGGACAACCAGGUCCUGCUUCUGCAGCAGACACAGCAAGUGGACGGAUCAGACGAGGAAGCUGAAGGACCGUCUGUGUGAAGGAUACCCAACCCCGGUGGUCCUCACUUCAGUGGUAACUUCCUCUGGCCUGCAGGGGGGGACACGCCAAAUCCCUUUUUUUUUUCUUUUUUUUUCAUUUUAGCUUAAAGACAUCCAGCUGUGUCAUUCCGAAUGAGAACAUUGGACUUAACAAUGCAACAACAAAAAAAAGACACAAGAUGAAAAGACACAAAGCAGGAUGAAGGAGGGGCUGGAGGGGAUUUGAGGGAUCAUACAGCAUUCUCACCCAAAAAAAAGUCAUGGUAAGAGGACAGCUGCAGCUAAGACAACAUCCCAGUCAUGUUUUGACAGCAGCAAUCAAGACAUAUCAGGAAAGAGACUGACAGAACAGACAAACAUGCAUAGAUUUUUACAGUAUCCAGAUUGGGUUGUGUCUGCUGCAUCACAUGUAUUAUGUAAAUAUAGACCACUAUGAAUGAAUUACAGUCUCUGGUGUGAUUUAAGUCCCAGGCAGCAUGAAUGGUUUGUGUAUGUGCAUGUAAGGCCAAGUAAGUGUCCUCAGAGACACUUGCAGCCUUGUAUACUCUUUCUCAAUCAGCCGCAGCCUUGUGGCUUUCCUCUGGGUGGAGGUCAGACGGCAGCAGGCAACCAAUCGACAGAAGGGCCCAGCGGUUCUUGUUUGCUUUUUUUCGUACCACAUCUUUCUGUGUGUGGCAGCUCUGCUAAACUCUUCCUGACAGUCUUACAUAAAAACAAUGCAUCCAAACGGCGAUGAAAACAAAUCAUUUAGACCAGUUUCCCAAAGAUGUGGCCGACACGCUUUAUAAAGUAUAACAUUGACGUUUAGUGAUGUCCAUUACAGUGGACAGAUGAUUAAAAGCCAUUUUUAGCCAUUCAGAUUGUGAUGUUACAAAUUUCACUGUACUUUUCAAAUUGUAUGUAAAGAAUUUAUCAUAAACACAACAAAAAAAUUCCAGCAUGUGACUGUUGUUGUUG